AUGGAAAAGCUACUACAUUGGUCGGUUGCAAACUCCCAGGGAGACAAAGAAGCGGCGGAAAAAGUUGGACAGCCAGAUCCCAAAUUGCUGCAACAAUUGUUUGGAGGUGGACGUGACGAGCCCGCUUUGAUGAGACAGGCUAUUGUAGUGAUUACCAACCCAGAGGCUGAAUUAGAAGCGAAAUUGAUUGCAUUCGAUAAUUUUGAGAUGCUUAUCGAAAACUUGGAUAAUGCCAAUAAUAUCGAGAACUUAAGACUUUGGGAACCUUUGAUUGGAGUCUUACAAUCACCAGAACCGGAACUAAGAGCUUUUGCGCUUUCUGUCAUUGGUACUGCGGUCCAAAACAAUGUUAACUCGCAGGAGAACUUCCUAAAAUACGAACAUGGGUUGCCUCAGCUAAUACAGAUCGCCAAAAACACAGACGAGAAAGCAGACGUAAGAACGAAGGCAUUUUACGCUCUUUCAAACCUACUGAAGCACAACAAAGACUCUUACGCCAAAUUUAAGGAACUUCAUGGAUUAGACGUGAUAGCUCCGGUAUUAAAUGACUCAAAUGCAACAGACAAACUGAAAUUACGAGUUCUCUCUUUGAUUACUGCCGUGAUGACCAGCACAACAGUCGAUUCCGAUUUCAUGAAAACUUUGAGAAAUGAACGUAUUUUGCAGACCUCGCUGAAAUUUCUACACUCUGACAGCAACAUAUACAUCAUUGACAAGGUUUUGAACUUUCUCUCACACUUGAUAAAUGCGGGCGAAAAGUUUGACGAUUCCGAGGUCAGCACGCUCAAGUCUGGUUUGCAGGACAUAUCAAGUGUAGAAGAUCGUCUCAACGAAGAUGACUACAAGACAGUUAAGCUUGCCGUGAGCAAGUAUUGA